AUGUUGCGCAAAUUAUAUGAUGAAGAACAAAUAAAGGAAGAUAAAUUUGAAGAAGAGGAGGAAGAAGAUUCCGGUCCCAUCUACGACACCGAUGGAGAAGGGGAAUUUUGUGAAAGAAUAAAUUUCUUGGAUGAAGAGGAAUUUAUUGAAGAAAUUGAAGAAGAAACUAAUUUCGUGAUCGGAGAUGAAUUUGUUGAAGCAAUUGUGGAAGAAAUCAAUUUUAUUGAUAUGGACAAAAUUGUUGAAGAAAUUGUGAUUUUUGUUGAACAACAAAUUUCAUUCCAAGAGCUUACAACCACGAGAACAAAUGACUGUAAGUGUCACAAAAAUUCAGGUUCUCAUAUCUUUUAUGAACAUAAUUUCUUUUCUAAAGAUCUUAAAGAAAUCCAAAUUGGAAGCUUCAUUGAUCAAGAAGGUUUAUUCGUUUUUCAUCUUCAUUUUCGUUUCAAAGUGUGGGAGAUUUUUACACUUUGGAGGCCAUGGAAUGCUUAUAUUUUGCAUUUUGAAGGCCUUGGUAAGAGGUUUGAUUUUACUAAUUAUGAUCUUGAUAGUGAUGUUUUUGUUUUGUCUUCAUUAAUUGAUCAAAAGGAGAAAAAAGACAUGCAUAUUACUUUUGAUAAAAAGUUUUGUGCAAUUAGAGAUGUAGACUUUUCACUCAAGACUCAAAAACAGCAAGACCAAUUAUUUUUAGAUGAUGGCAGAAUUUUGUAUGCUCCAAAAGGCGAUAUGAUGAUUUCCAAAACAAGAUGUGUUCAUGGUAGUAGCAAUCAGUCACGAAAAAAGACAUUGUGUGACAAUUCAUAUGCCAAUUUUUUGUGUUGUCCACAAACAAAAGAUAUCUUAAUUAAUUCUUCAUUCGUUGUUCAAAAACACCAAGAGCGAAGGCUUGAAGUUUGUGGUGAAAGAAAGAUGAACGAUGGUAUCCAUCUUUCUACAAACCAUCUUUCUACGAGCAAAGAAGAAAGAAUUAAUCAAUAUGAAGAUCUAAGUCCCAAGUAUUUACAUGGGAGGAUGCUCAUGAAGUUUGGACUCAUAUUCUUUUGGUGUGCCUUAAAUUGGGAAACCAUGAUAUUGAGGCGUGCUGCUCAUCAACUUACAAAUACAAACCAUGACCCAUUCUUUAAAAUGACUACAAUUAACCAUUUAAAUUAUUGCAAGGUUAAUUUGCAGGUUCAAGUUCAUGGGAAUGUACGGAAGUGGAUUUUCAUCCAUAAAUCGAAGAUACGGUUAGGAUUGAAUUUGGUGAGUUAUUUGAAGAAGAACAUGUGUAUGUGGAGAAAAGGCCAAGUUGGAGUAAAGAAAAUGUCACAUUAUGCAAUAAAAAAUUGUUUUCAAGACUUGCUGUCAGGGAAGGUUCGUAUGGGGGAACAACACAAUUUGGUUCUUACUGAAUUGAGGACAAUUCCUUUCGAAGAAGGAGGGAAUGAUCCGUAUAUGGAUAAUGAAGGCCCAAAAGGUUAUGGGUAG